CUGAAGCAAUAUGUUUGAAAUGUAUAGAAGAAACUCGACUACUAUCACUACCAAACCAUCCUACUGUUCCGCCCGAAGGUAUGUAAUUCAUUGUUCCGUGCUUUAAUGUUGUUUGACGCUUGCCUUUUUUUUUUUUUUUGUUGCCUACCCAUUUUUCCUCGUCAGAUAGGAAAAUCCAUUAUCAGUCAGUAGCACCCCGAUUACGAGGUUGUUACGAGGCGUUUAGCAUAACCGUAUGCGAUAAGCGAAGCGAUACAUAUUUUCCUUAUAAAACCAUGCGAUUUCCCGCACGCCCCAUAUUUUCCUACCGACAGUGAACGGUGACUCCAGCCGGGCGCGCAUUGCUGGAUCCGAACAAAAAUUUCCAUCUCGUUCUGUAUGUGAUUAACUUUACUUGUUUUUUUUCCGUUUGAAUGUGUGAAAUCAGAUUCUUUGCUUUGUUUGUUUGUCCCAACGAAAAAAACACGUGUUCUUACGAGAAAUUGUUGCGCCCGUGGCCAAUGUGCAUGUGUGUGUGCUUUAGUGCGUGAUUUAUGCGCCUGUCGUGUCGGUCGUUUCGCCGGAUAGAACCAUUCAAAUUUUCAAUCCAAUUUCAACCGGCUCGUGUGGAAGCAAUUUUGUUGCACCAAAAAUUGUCACUGGCACCUAGGAACUGUGGAGGGAAAAAAUAGCGAGUGGAAAAAAACUGAACAGAAAAAAACCUUUAAAAUAUGGCCAGCGCGGAAGUGAGUGAGACUGUGCUACGCUGGAUUACGGCCCUCAACUGGAGUGCGGAAGUCGGAGCGGACCUGUUGACAGGUGGGAUGGCGUCGAAACGCGAACAGAGCGGCAUGACGAUGAUCGGCUACUGGGAGCGAUCGUUGAAGAAUCUGUCCACGGAACAGCGCACCGUAUUCACCGUGUUUUCGAUCAUGGUGAUGGUAAUGGCCAUCUUCGGCAACAUCGUCACCAUCAUCACGAACGUGAGGCGUGAACAGCGGCAUCUGUUGCGCGUCUGCAUGCUGUCGCUCGCGCUUUCCGACAUUGCAUUCGUGACCAUCACCUCGAUUGUAUAUCUGUCGCAGUUUAAUACGGAAUUCAACUCGCUUUGGACGCUCGGUGAGCUGAUGUGCACAUUCUCCCCGUUCGUGCAGACAAUGGCAGUGCUGGUGAACAGCAUCACGCUGGUAGCGAUCGCACUCGAUCGAUACAUGGCCGUGCGCAGUCUGGUGAAGGGUAUCUGGGAACCAAACGGCUGGUUCUGUGCCACGUGUGGUGUACUGAUCUGGGGACUCGCGGCUGGCAUCUCCAGUCCAAUGCUUACGCUCUACGAGAUGUUUGACAUUGUUGUACUGACGACCGAUUCGCAGCAGUCGCACGAAAUCAUCAGCGGGUACUAUAUGGCGACGAUCUGUGCGACUGAUAAGAGCAAGAACAGUUACUACUUCGUGAUCGUGUUCGUGGUGAUCUUUCUUCCACUGCUCGGAGCUUUCUGCUGGCUGAAUGGGGUGAUAGCGAGAGCGUUCUGGGCACGCCGGAAUCCUAUCGGAGGCGCUCCAAAAGCGCCGAAGAAAUGUGCUUCCAGCACGUCCUGCGAGAGUAGCAAUGACAAGAAGACACUUACGACCAACGUGAGGACAUCACAGCCAAUUGUUGAGCGGCGCACACCGGCAUCGAUAUUUACUUCCAACUGCACUUGUCCACACCACAACACAACUGCCAUCGUUGGCGAGCAAACGACGCAGAGUGAUACCGCCGGGUCACCUUCAGCACAGCGACCCACUCAAGGACACCCGAGUGAAGCGAUUUCGAACCGCCGGCGACGCCAGAUACACAUGUUCAAAGCGAUCGUCGUACUGAUGCUGGUGUUCUUCGUGUGCCGCCUGCCCAUGUGGGUGUUUCUGCUGAUCAAGAUGGUGGGUGACGCGAACACGAGCGCCUACUGGAAUCUGCACUACUCCUUCGGUAUCCUGGCGAUGGUGAACGCAGUACUCAAUCCUCUAAUGUACACAUUCCUCACGGAAACGAUCCGCUUCACGCUGUUCGUGAAAGCUCAUUGCAUGCGUGCUUGUGUGCAACCGUGCAGAAACGGAAUGCAACGGAUUAGGGGUGGAGGUGGUGGUGGAGGGGAGGGAGAAAUUAGGAAAACCCGUGACACGAAGGAGCGAGAUAGCAAUGGUAGCGAACACGAGGCACACCAUGCGGGAAUAUACAUGGGGGACUGA